CAAACCUCUUCCGCAACAACCCCUCAAUCAACGCUGUUUUCCCUAAUCUGACAACCUUUCGCAAUGUCUGAGCCUAUUAGGAACAAGAAGGCGGACUUUCCGGUCGCACCGUAAGUCAUGCCGUCUUCGUUGAUCUCUGAUUCUCAUACAUCAUGCUUCGUCGACCAUCUCUUUGGCCUCCUGUCUCUACCUGCUAACUUUUGUCGAACGUCAGGACGCCGCAAAACACACCCGCUAACAAUGCACCUAUCUCUUCUCAUGCUCAACAACCCGGUGUUGCAAGCAUCAAAGAAGAAUCACUCGAUCACGCUACGGCUGCUUCUCUUUUUGCAAGGAAUCCCGGGCUUGUGUCCAUGAUUCAAGGUAAACUUGGAUCGCUUGUCGGGCGCUCAUCAGGCUACAUCGAGUCUCUCCCUGCCCCGGUCCGUCGCCGUGUUGCUGGUUUGAAAGGUAUUCAGAAGGAGCAUGCCAAGCUCGAGGCUCAGUUUCAGGAGGAAGUCCUCGAGCUUGAAAAGAAGUACUUUGCCAAAUUUACACCCCUCUAUCAGAGACGUGCCACGAUUGUCAAUGGGGCUGCAGAACCGACCGACGACGAAGUCGAGGCCGGCAAGGAGGAGGAUGAAGAAGAAGAAGAAGAAGAAGAGGUAGAUGUCAAGGCCGAAGAUGAGCGCAAGCAGGAUGAGGAGAAAGACAUCACAACAUCUGGAAUCCCUGAAUUCUGGCUUUCCGCCAUGAAGAACCAAAUUUCGCUUGCAGAAAUGAUCACUGAUCGGGAUGAGGAGGCUCUCAAACAUCUCACCGAUGUUCGCAUGGAAUAUCUUGAUCGCCCCGGUUUCCGACUCAUAUUUGAAUUCGCGGAAAACGAGUUUUUCACCAACAAGACUAUCUCAAAAACUUACUACUACAAGGAAGAGAGUGGCUACGGUGGUGAUUUCAUCUAUGAUCAUGCGGAGGGCUGCAAGAUCGACUGGAAGGCUGACAAGGAUCUUACUGUUCGCGUGGAAAGUAAAAAGCAACGCAACAAGAACACCAAACAAACCCGAGUCGUCAAGGUCACCGUGCCUACCGAGUCCUUCUUCAAUUUCUUCUCUCCCCCACAACCACCGACUGACGAUGAUGACACCAUCGCCACCGACAUCGAAGAACGCCUCGAACUUGACUAUCAGCUUGGCGAGGACAUCAAAGAGAAGCUUAUCCCGCGCGCAAUCGAUUGGUUUACCGGCGAGGCUCUCCAGUUCGAGGAGUUGGGUGACGACAUGGAUGCCGACGAGUUUGACGAUGAAGACGAUGAAGACGACGAGGAGGAUGAGGACGACGAUGAUGACCGAAGAUCUGAUCGCGAUGUUGACGAUGAAUCCGAGGAAGAGGAUGGCACCUCUAAGCCAAAGAAGGAAGCAGCAGAGUGUAAACAAAGCUGAGCAUGGCCGAAGUCAUUUAGGGGACUAAAUAUAUGGGCCAUGUUGCAACCUAUCUUGGUCCUAGCAUUCACUUCUCGCUUCGCACCGCUGUGACUGGGAUUCUCGCUUCCAAGUUGCACCUACGUCUAGUCUUUCUAUCUAACCGUAUUCAUCGUCAAGGUCCAGGUGUCUGAUACAUGCGCCAUUCAUACGGCAAGGGCUUUAUACUCCCCGUAUUUAAUGUUCUCCUUUUACUUUUGUUCUUACAUCCAACUUUUCGAUGCUGUUUCCCUCCCUUUCUUCCCCUGUUUGUCCUCUAAAAUAUUUUGCGGCGCGAGGAGUACGAUAUUCAACCAUGU